GGCGGGCUUGCGGCGUCGGAGAAGGAAGUGGUGUAGUUGCUCCCUCUGCGCCUACUACUGGCCCCUGAGGCGCGAAGAGGGUCCCGUGUCGCCGCUGCAGCGUAGCACUUUCCUCAGACUGUACCCCUCCAUGUGCCCCGGCGCCGUUGCUCCCCUUCCUCAGGCCGCCGUUUACCCCGGGGUCUAUGGAAGUAAUGGAAGGACCCCUCAACCUGGCUCAUCAACAGAGCAGACGAGCAGAUCGUUUAUUAGCUGCAGGGAAAUACGAAGAGGCUAUUUCUUGUCACAAAAAGGCUUCAGCAUAUCUUUCUGAAGCCAUGAAGCUGACAAAAUCUGAGCAGGCUCAUUUAUCACUGGAACUGCAAAGGGAUAGUCACAUGAAACAGCUCCUCCUCAUCCAAGAGAGAUGGAAGAGGGCAAAGCGGGAGGAAAGAUUGAAAGCCCAGCAGAGCACAGACAAGGAUGUGGCUGCCCAUCUUCAGGCAUCUCACAAACCCUCUGCUGAAGAUGCAGAGGGCCAGAGUCCCCUUCUCUCUCAGACAUACAGCCCUUCCCCAGAGAAACACCUGCCUGAAAUUAAGGGCGUCUUUGACAGAGAUCCAGACACACUACUAUUUUUACUUCAGCAGAGGAGUGAGCCAAUAGAGCCAUUCAUUGGAAGCAAAGCCCCAAAAGAUGAUAAAACAAUUAUAGAGGAGCAGGCAACCAAAAUUGCAGAUUUGAAGAGGCAUGUGGAAUUCCUUGUGGCUGAGAAUGAAAAAUUAAGGAAAGAAAAUAAACAACUAAGGGCUGAAAAGGCCAGACUUCUAAAAGGCCCAAUAGAAAAGGAGCUGGAUGUAGAUGCUGAUUUUGUAGAAAAGUCGGAGUUAUGGAGCUUGCCACCACAUUCAGAAAGUGAUGCAGCCUCUUCAACCUGGCAGAAGUUUGCAGCAAGUACUGGGAAAGCCAAGGAUAUUCCAAUCCCCAAUCUUCCGCCCUUGGAUUUUCCAUCUCCAGAACUUCCCCUUAUGGAGCUUUCUGAGGAUAUUCUUAAAGGACUUAUGAAUAAUUGAAUUGGAAGGCCAUUGAAGAGGAAACAAUACAAUAAUAUGGUUAAUCCAGCAAAAAAAAAAAGGGCAACCAU